CGUUCUUCAUACCACUAUGCAUUGCAGAGUGUGGCUGGCAGUAUCUUCAACAUGUCCCCCAAAUAUUUCUCUGUGUCGUAUGAUCGCAUGUCUAACCAGCAGAUCAUGGACAUGAUUGGAUGGGUGGCUGGCAAGGGGAAAGACUUCGAUGUCCUCAAGGUACCUAUCAUCUAUCCUGAUCUGAAGGUCAGUGUGAAGAAGGUAUUUGGUAAUUGGUUCAUGAUUGCGAAGUUUAUCAAGGUUGCAGUGGGCGGCAAGAUGACAAUCUAUUCGAAGUCAGGACGUGGCGGAGGUCCGAGCCCCUACUAUAAGAUGUGGCACCUAAAGGCUUGCACACCCGGCUUAAUUGCAUGUAGCAUAACUUCGAUGAUCUUUUUGUUGUCUCCCGAUCAACAAUUCCCAGGUUCAGGUGUCGGUGCCACCUCGUCAAUCUCUUACUCCAUUGUCUUUCGAACUGUCAAGCAGUUUUUUGUUGCCCAAUGGGCGCAUCCGCGUGUUCAAGCCAUCGUGAAAAACAUGAAUGACUAUGUUUUUGAAAACAUCGACAAGACCGCUCGUGAUGCAGACGAUGCUCAGGCUACGGGUAUGGAGGAUUGUACUGAUUCGCUACAGUGGGUGAUGGCCAGCUUGGAUGACGACGACUCAGAUUCAGAUGAUGACAAC